UUGGCAGAUGACGUCGGUAUAUUUGUUGUGUUGAUAUCCAAGGCCUACUGGGUGGACGACGGACUCACUCGAACUUUCUUAUCUCGAUUAGAGAAAAUUUACAGAAACACAAAACAUGGCUCUGGGAAAACCUGCGAGACAGAGCACUGGAGGAUCUGCCUCUAGAGCCGUUGAUGGCAACAGCAACUCGAAUUACCACCGUGGUUUCUGUACACACACCGGACGCCAAAGAGACCCAUGGUGGUCAGUUGAUCUUGGCGCCACCUAUCUUGUUCAGAGAGUGCACUUGGUGAACCGUGGUGAUUGCUGCAGUGAAAGACUGCAUGAUUUAAAUGUGUACCUGAUGGAAAUUGCGCCCCCUAGCGGCCUAUCAUCUCCCAGCAAGAAGUUGUGUUACCACCAUCCAGGAAUCGUUGGAGCUUCGCUGGAUAAAGACUGUGAUGGCCCGGUUAGAGGGCGCUACGUAGCAGUUCAAAUCACAUCCCCAAUGGAAGUUUUAUCACUUUGCGAAGUGCAAGUCUUCGAGAACAGGAUAAUUCAUGUUUCAGACACAAAUUUUGGUGUUCAUACGGGAAAGAAUUUGCCGGAAGGUAACUACUUGAAACAUUUGUAUACACCGACUGAACUACACUGCCUUGACAUUUGCAACCAAGAUACCAAAUGUAUGUCUGCAUCCUACUCCACGUCCAACAACACAUGUAUCGCAUCGGAUAUUACUAUCGGAGAAGCCACAGCAACAGUCGAUGAUAAUGCAUAUGUACUUUAUUCUAAAUCAUUCCAGUAAAUCUAUCAGCAUUAUUGUUUCGUAUAAUUGUUGUUUUAAAAAGAUAGGUAUUAACUUGACUGCUCGAGUAUGGCUGGCGGGAGUGGACAAAUAUCUGAAUUAAGGGUCGGGAUAAAUCAGAUUUAUACCACGACUAUAUUCAUAAUAGUAGACAGCCAAUCAGAACCCCGCAUUUCAUGAAUUAUGGUGACCAUUAAA